AUGCCUUCUCUUAGCUCCAUGCCUUCUCUUAGCUCCAUACCUUCUCUUAGCUCCACAGCGUGAUCAAUAUACUCGAUGGUUGAAGACUGUCUUGAAGUCCAACUCACUGCCUUCCCAUUGUCUCACGUAUGAUUGACGAGACAUAUCCCAAUAUGAAACUUCACGUGGAGAGUACCAUCUUUGGCCAGCUCGUGCGCUUCGUUUCGGGCAACAAGACCUUCCAAUUUCCCGACGAGCGUGAUUCUUCGUUAUGGAAGAAAGCAAUCCAGCAAGAUGGGUCGCACCAGUCCCAGACAACUUCGGAGCACAGGGGCACAAACGAUGCGUCCGACAAGGAUGCACAAAAUAUCGCAGCUUCCGAGCAAAAUACAGGACGUGGUCAUGACGGCUUAGAUGCUCUCGUGAUAGGCUGGUAUGGCCCGGACGAUCCAGAGAACCCCCAGAACUGGCCCAGCAGCUCGAAACAUUUGAUUGCCCUUCAAAUGUGUCUUCUCAAUUUCGCGGUAUAUAUUGCGAGCUCAAUUUAUGUGCCUGGUGAACCUUACUUCAUGGACGAGUUUGGUGUCAGCCCCGUUGUUGCAACCUUGGGCCUUUCGCUGUUCAGCUUCGGAUACGGUCUCGGGCCAAUGCUCUGGUCGCCUCUAUCGGAAAUGCCAAGAUUGGGCCGAACCGGAAUUUUCUUCUGGACACUCUUAGCCUUUAUUUUGUUCCAACUCCCAGUUGGUUUUGCACCGAAUGUCACUAUCUUCUUAUUUUUCCGAUGGUUGACAGGCUUUUGUGGUAGCCCUUGCCUAGCGACUGGAGGUGGGACCAUUAAUGACAUAUACCCACCGCCAGUAGUACCAUACUUUCUUUGUCUCUGGUCGUCAGCGGGUAUCAUGGGACCGGUAUUUGGGCCCAUCAUCGGCGGUUACCUUGCACCGGCUAUGGGCUGGCGCUGGACCAUUUGGGCAUUUACACUACUAUGUAUCUUUGUGCUUGUUGUGAUGUUUUUCUUCUUUCCAGAAACCAGCGCCAGCAACAUCCUUUACAACCGAGCCAAGAGACUCAGGAAAGCAACUGGAAAUGAACGUUUGAAAAGUCAAACUGAAGCAGACUCGGCGCACUAUUCUCCGAAGGAUAACAUGUUUCUUCUAGCUCGGGCGUUUACUCUCAUCUUUACCGAACCCAUUAUCUUAUUUGUUGACCUGUAUGCCGCUCUUCUCUAUGGUAUACUGUUUAUAUGGUUCGAGUCAUUCCCUAUUGUAUUUGGAGGCAUAUACAAUUUCGCCUCUGGCGAACAGGGACUUGUGUUCUUCGGCAUCCUGGUAUUCACGGCCAUAUCCGUUUCUCUUUUCCUCUUGUGGAUUAAGAGAAGCCUUGUUCCAGCAAUGCUGUCGGGUAAUUUCAAGCCUGAAAUGGUUCUCCCCCCGGCAUUCAUCGGCUGCUUCACGCUCCCGGUCUGUUUGUUCUGGUUCGGUUGGUCGUCACGGGAAGGUGUGCACUGGGUAGUACCAAUCAUUGGCUCCGGUUUGUUCGCCAUUGGUGUGGUUACACUGUUUAACUCAGUGUACAUGUAUAUCGGCAUUGCGUAUGCCCCAGACGCCGCGUCUGUCUUUGCAGGCGCCGCGUUGUUCCGCGCCUCACUCGGUGCAGCCUUCCCACUGUUUGCACGGUCACUAUUCGUUCAGCUCGGUAUUGGUCCUGGAAAUUCAUUACUCGGUGGCAUUGCGGUGCUGUUCAUUCCUAUACCAUUCGUAUUUUAUCGUUACGGCGAGCGGAUUCGUAAAUGGAGCAAGCACGCAGCAUAAAGGAUAGGUGAUGAACAGUCAAAGCUAAAGCCACGUAGGUCCAGGCAACGACUGAAAUGACUAAUUGA